CUCUUCGCUCAGCAGCUCUCCCCCUCUGCGGGGCCUGGGAGCCUCCCCGCCUCCUGAGCCUCCCCCCCCUCUGCACCCCUCCAUGAUCGGCUCCGCCAUGACCAGCUCCAUCGGUGGGCUGGGCUCCCCCUUCCCGGUCAUCAGCUCCUCCAUGGGCUCCCCGGGACUCCCGGCCACCCCCUCCAUCGGCUACGGGCCCGUCAGCAGCCCCCAGAUCAACUCCACGGUCAACCUGUCCGGCCUCCACUCGGUCAGCAGCUCCGAAGACGUGAAGCCUCCGGUGGGCAUGAGGGUCCUGCCAGGCCACCCCCACAGCGGGCUCGUGCCCGGGAAGCGGCUCUGCGCCAUCUGUGGGGACCGGUCCUCGGGGAAGCACUACGGGGUGUACAGCUGCGAGGGCUGCAAGGGCUUCUUCAAGCGCACCAUCCGGAAGGACCUCACCUAC